AACGGGCAAGCCGAAGAGGAGUUAUUUCUUCGAACACCAUUCGAUUGGCAAGCAUGAAACUGUUAGUGCUUUGUGUGACAUUUUUGGCGUCUGCCAUUGCCGUGCCGUUGGAGAGAAACAUACAAGGUUCGAUUUCGGAUGAUGAGCUGCAUCCCAGCUUUCCCGAAGACCGCUUUAUUAGAUUUGAAACCAGAAAUGCUCAGUUGGAGCAAACUAUCAACUAUUGGAGAGAAGAUGCUAUGAAGACCGUUGAUAAGCUGGUCAAGCGUAAUGAAAAUCGAAACCGUGCCAAAAAUGUAAUUCUUUUCCUCGGAGACGGAAUGUCGAUCGCGACGGUCGGGAUGGCACGCAUCUACGCAGGAGGCGAAGAGAAGCAACUAGCAUUCGAGAAAUUUCCUUACUUCGGGAUGUCUAAAACCUAUUGCGUGGAUUAUCAAGUUGCGGAUUCCGCUUGUACGUCAACAGCCUACCUAUCCGGAGUGAAGGGAAAUUAUGCCACCAUAGGAGUAAACGGUCAGGUGCCGAAUGAGGAUUGCACGGCGGAGCUAGACAAAACCACCCACACACAUUCGAUAGCAGACUGGGCUAUGGAUGCCGGCAAGGAUGCCGGACUGGUCACUACUACUCGAGUGACGCAUGCGUCUCCGGCCGGAAUAUAUGCCCACACGGCCAGUCGGGAUUGGGAAAGUGAUAGUUUUAUUACCGAAUCUGGAUGCGAUCCGAAUGUAUUGGAUGAUAUAGCAGAACAGUUGGUGCUCGGUGACACAGGUAAAAGAUUGAAGGUUAUUCUUGGAGGUGGCCGCCAAGAGUUCUAUGGUUCAGAAGUUGUUGAUCCUGAGUACAGUACGCAAAGUGGCGGUCGUACCGAUGGUAAGAACCUCAUUCAGACAUGGUUAGAAUCAGCGGAACCGGGUAAAAACCACGCCUACGUAUGGAAUAAACAGGAACUGUUCAACGUGGAUGUUCAAAAAACUGAUCGGCUGUUGGGGUUGUUCGAGCCUAGUCACUGUGUGUAUAACCUAGAACGGGUCCGAAACAAUAUGUCGGAAGAGCCCACUCUAGCAGAAAUGGUGGACAGGGCAACUGACGUUCUAAGUAAAAACGACAAGGGAUUCUUCCUGUUCGUAGAAGGAGGUCGAAUCGAUUUGGCCCAUCAUUCUAAUUGGGGAAAGCUGGCCUUGGACGAAACAGUGGAAUUUUCAAAAGCAGUUGAGCUCGCUCGAAACAAGUUUAGCGAGGAAGACACCCUCAUUGUUGUAACGGCGGAUCAUUCGCACAGUCUUAGCUACAACGGAUAUCCGAGCCGCGGGGGUGACAUUUUUGGCAUUGCUGGAACUGGAUCCGAUGGAUUACCGUACAUGACCCUAAGUUACGCCAACGGUGUUGGUUUCUAUGAUCACAUCGAUAUCGAAAACAAGACCCGCAUGGACGUCAGAACGAUUGAUACCUCGUCGGAUUUCUUCCGGUUCCCGGCAACGUUUCCCGUCGAGUACGAAACCCAUGGCGGAGAGGACGUUUCCGUGUACGCUUCCGGACCAUGGGCACAUCUGUUCACAGGAACCUAUGAACAGAACACCAUUCCACACAUGAUGGCAUACGCCGCUUGUAUCGGCGAUGGACUGAAGGCAUGCUCGACGUAGCCGCGUUUUGCGUGAUAAGCACCGCAUUCACACCUUGUCAAUCUCACUCGGCCUGGACUCGCAGUAAACGUGUGACUCUAAUAAUCAAUCAUUUAUUUUUGAAUGACCGCCAUAAAUAACUGAUUGCUACACAAUUAGCCCAAAUUGGUCUAUAAUCCAAGCAAAUAAACAUAAUUGGGUUCAAGUUGGGUAGCAUAUGAUUGGCAGAAAUGAUUCAUUCUGGUUCGAAUGAAUCCUCGUUGAAGCAAAACUACUGUUUCAAUUACAUACACGGAUGGACAUAA